AUGCUGAAGUUUCUGAGACGAUGGCGCCGGCGCCGGAUACUUAAGGACAAACCGGUUUCCGAGGCCGACUGGCAAGCAGCGGUCGCCCGACUGCCUCUGAUAGCUGGGCUGGACCUGGAACGUCAAGCUAGGAUUCGAGCGAUGGCGACAUGGUUUCUUGAUGAAAAAGACUUCUAUCCUUCCGGCGGCAUUGAAUUGACCGAACCGAAGCGCCUGAUCAUUGCGGCCCAGGCUUGCAUGCCGGUUGUUGACUUAGGUUACCACUGGCUUGAUGGUUGGUAUUCCAUCUACGUAUACCCCGGUCUUUUUCGCACCCGCCGUGCUACCCGCAACACUCAGGGGCUGGUCAGUGAAGAUACGCGAACGUUGUCGGGCGAGGCCAGCUCCCAGGGUGGAAUUGUUCUAUCCUGGGAUGACAUCGAGGACGAUAUCGCGCACGGCGGGGAUGGCGAAAGUGUCAUCAUCCAUGAAAUUGCCCACAAACUGGACAUGCGCAAUGGCCCGGCCGACGGUUACCCGCCACUUCACCGACACAUGCGGUCGCGCGAUUGGGCCGGUGCCAUGCAAAGCGCAUUCGACGAUCUGAAGGAAAGGGCCAGCCGCCGAGAAGCGCCUAUCGACCCAUACGGAGCCACCAACCCAGCUGAAUUCUUUGCCGUAAGCAGCGAGUAUUACUUCGAACGACCACAGGCGCUACGGCGUGCUUACCCGGACGUGUUUCAACAGCUGGUUCAGUUCUAUCGCAACAACGCAAUGGCAUGA